ACGCCUGCUGCGACGACCGCACGCUACCACGCGACCCCACGUUCGAUACGUUCGCGAGUGUUUGUGAUUCCAGACUCCCGUGCCUUUUCGGAUAAUAACAAUGCAUCUAAGCUCAGUGCAAGUGGUGUGCGCGGCUCUGGUGACGCUGGCUCUGGGAGCGGCGGCCGCGCCACAGGCGGCUACGCCCCACCACGUAGCCCGCCGCUCCUUCUUCAACCUCCAAUGCAAAGGAGUCUACGACGCGGCCAUCUUUGCCCGCCUGGACAGGAUCUGCGACGACUGCUACAACCUCUUUAGGGAACCGCAGCUUUAUACUCUGUGCAGGGAAAAAUGCUUCACAACGCCCUACUUCAAGGGCUGCAUGGAGUCUUUGUACCUCUACGACGAGGAGGAACAGAUAGAUCAAAUGAUCGACUACGUCGGGAAACGCUAACGCCACCAGCCGCCCACCACUUCGCGCCAACUUUUGACGGGCCGCCAUCUUGGCCCGCCACCACAGACAACGUACAAACUAAGGCCGAACUCCACCGCUUUGCCAUCAAAAGCAUACAAAAGUCAAGUUCCUCCAAUUGACGUUUGCUUGCUAUCCUCAACGUAUUCUAGUCUAUAACGCGACAUAUUAUUAUGUUUGCAACUAAUUGUAAUGUUAUCAUAAUUUAGAUAAUGUGUAUUAAGGACAUCUAUAGUGUUAAUGUUAUUAAGUGUUAAUGCUUGAUAGCUAUCUGAGUGUAAAGUACAUUGAUUGUUUAUAUUAGAUCACCUCCUAGGUUAGUCCCCACUCAGAGGCAGAGGUCGCCGGUCGCCUUUCGUUCAAACUGUCUCGCUAUCUCCGACUGAGAUUGAAAUAUUUAAUUUAAUGGUAACGCAUUCCAAUCACAGUAUUUAAAACGCUUUUUUAUUGAAAUUAUCUGACAACAUUUCGUUUGUAUUAUCGAGUAUUAUGUAUAAAUAUCUAAAUAAGCUUAAAAUAAUGUUAUUCUUAUAAUCACACAAGUGGCUUAUACAUUUAUUCAUUUUCCGACUGUUUAGUUUAUAUCAUACAUACGCCUAUGUUAGAGUAAUAUUAUAGUUUAAUUUGGACUUUUUAAUUCAUUUUACAUUGUUUUAUGAAACACGACCGUCUUGCAUUAAAUUCAACAGAUUUUUGUCAUAACAUCACAUUUUCGCAGUAUUAAAACUAAUAGAUAGGUAGUUCUACUUAAUUCAAACUACUUAUUUUUAAGAAAAUAAAAUUAUGUAAGUUAAAUCAAAAUAUUAUUCAUCAGUUGUGUAUUCAAAAUGAGAGAUUGAGAAUAAUAAUUUGUUUGUGUACAGUACAAAUAGUAAGAAAUGGCAGCAUACAUUUAAAGGUCAAAAGAUACUACUUAAAUCUCGCAAAGAAACCGAAGUAAUUAUUCAGAAAGAAGUAUUCACGUUUGAUAAUUUUAGUAAUAACUUAUAGUUUUAUUCAGCUUAUUAAAGAAAUUCUUAUUUCAAGCCAAUGCAAGCGGUCGUGAGCUAUUUUUCGCUUUAACCAGGAUUCAGUUGUAUAGUGCGAGUUUUAAUUAAUUAGUUUUAAGUAUUUAUAGAGAUUUAUUUUUAUAUACUUCCGACCUAUUUAUUAUUUGUUACUACGAACGUUUUAUUUAUUUUUAGCAGUUUCUAUUGAGCAUCGAUCGAGGGUACCAGUGGAUAUAGUCUAAGAUAUUUUAUAACUACUCACUGAUUUCUGAUUUAUGUACAUAUAAGUUGCGGUUUAUACUUAUAACAUUGUUUAGUUCAACUGAAUGUCUUCUCUGUUUGAAUCUCAUCUGUUUAAGUGAUAUUAGCGUUUCUAUUAACACUUUUUUUGAUAUUAUUUUCCUCUUUCGAAACAUUUUAACAAACAUCCUAAUACAACACUUGCAAGUCUGUUAAAUAACACGUAUUUUAUAGAAAAAUGGUGCCAAUAAAGUCCCGAGACACUAGGUUAAAAUUAGGUAAUUAAUAAAAGAUGUUUAUCGAAAAAUAUUUAUACUAAGAACAUUUCGAAAAAUAUUGUAAAAAAAAUCAAUUAGCAAAAUUAUUAAUCAAUUUGUAUAAAUUUUAUAAAAACAGCUAAGAAACGCUACGGGUUCCGUAAAAUAUAUUUCAUUUUGAAAGUC